AUGUCGGCUGCUUUUAAAUUUCUGACUUUCCUGGCCUUUUUUGUCGUCGCCAGUGAAGCUUUUCAAAGAAGUGAGUAUUUUUUUCAAAUUCUAACGAAAAAUUUUCUAUUUAGUCCACUCUGACGAUGUACCAGGCCCCAUCAAGAACAAACAGUACAGCCAAUCAGAAAAUGAUCGUUAGGUUUCCCGGAUCAUCCAACAACUGAACGAACUUUCUAGGAAGACGCCUCUCGCUUUUGAGGAAACUGAAAGAAAUCGGUGUGACAGAGCCGUCGAUCAAAAAGCUGGAAGCUGUUUUCACGAAAUACGAAGUGAACUUGUUGAACAAUUCCUUUUCUUAGUUUCAAACCCAGAAAAUCUACAAAAAGGAGCCGAAAUUGACCCAAGACCAGUUCGAGACAAAAUACGGCGCCGCUUAUUUCCGAGAGUUUUCCAAUGCCAUUGACAGUCUUCCGAGUUCUGACAAGGUUGGUUGUUUUUUCAGUCAUAGAGUCGCACUUGGAAUGGCUCCGACUUGAAACGGGUUGCGCAGGAAUUCUUGGAAAGGCCAGCCGACCGUGACCAGUAUAAAAUCGCAAAGUUACAGAAAAAAACCUUGGAUGUUUUCGGAAGACCCAAAGACAGACGCCCGAAGCCGCUUUGAACCAUUUUUUCGUGAAUAAAGCUUAUUUUGCGAUCUUUUUUUUAUCGCUUUCAAGGUUCCAAGAAAGAGAAUCUGAUCUAUACAAAUCAACGAACAAGGAAUCUUAGUUCUUCUCAACCAAUCCAGAAUCGGAACCCUAGCCGAACUGAAAGAGACUAGAUUCACUAGAUUUUUUUAAAAAUGUUUUUGGGAAAAUUUUUCGAUUCAGAGACGUAUAAAACAGAAAAAGAGAAAAUCUACUGUAGUCCUUUCGCCGCAACUUGAAACAGUCUGAGUUCUCUGCGCCAUCUUUUCUCUAACCAGGCAAUGGACUUCUGAAUGAGACCAUGUCUACUAGAUGUGACAUUUCACGCUGAUUCCAAAUCCAGUCUCAAAAACUGUCCUUGAGGUCUGUGAAAAAAGUUAGGUGCUCUCAAAAGACGGAUGAUUUCGCGACCGACUUGAAACGGCUUGCGCAGGAUUGAACAAAGACUGCCAAAUUUUUCGUUUCAGGACAAAAUGAACAGGAAAUUCAGGAAACGCAAUUGACGCCAGAAACCAAAAUGAACUUUUUUCGUGAAUAAAGCUUUUUUGCAAUUAGUUUUUAACAAAAAAAGACUUGGGGAAAAUCAACUUUAUCAAAAAGUCAUCUGAAGAGUUUUCAGAAGUCGAACACUUGGAAUGGCUCGAUUUGCUGUUCAUAUGAAUCCUCAUUCUGCAUAGCCAUGGUCAUGUUCAUAGACGGGCGAUGUGGUCUCAAUUUCACAUUCUCUCUUUUUGGUCGCACUUGGAAUGGCUCGAUUGUUCAUAUGAAUCCAAUUCCUGCAUUUCGAUCAAAUCAUCGUCAUGUUUAUAAACGAGCGAUUCGGUCUCAAUUUCACGCUUCCCUCGAAAAUGUCAACCGCCGUCCACAUUUUGACUUUUUUGGCUUUUUGCGCGGUCUUCAAAGCGGAGUUUCGCAAAAUUAGUUGUGAAUUUUGUUUUUCGCUAUCUCUUCAUUAAAAUCCCUUUUUUAUAGUGGAUUUUGAUGAUGAAAUCGUCCUCAAGAGCCAAAAAUACAAUGGAUCAGAUUUUAAUGGUUUGGUUUUGAACCUUCUUUGAAAGCCUAAAAGAAACUACUUAUGAGAAAAUCGCGCCGAAUUCAUCAAAAAGGCUAAAGAAGCCGGUGUUACGCAAACUUCAAUCGAUAAAUUGCACGAUUUAUUCAAAAAAUACCAGGUGAUUUUUUUGAACAAUUUUUAGUGGCUGAAUUUUUCAGGAAAUCCACAAAAAUGACCCAACUUUGAAUGAUAUGGAGUUUGGAAAGAAGUACAAAAAGUCUUAUUUCGAAGACUUUUCGAGAAUUAUUGACAGUUUGCCGAGUUCCGACAAGGUAGUCUUUCUGAGGUCGCAUGUGGAAUGGCUCAAUUUCGGGGUGCGACCGACUCGAAACGGUUCGCGCAGGAUGUCAUUGAAAAAUACUAGGCUUAAUUUCGAGAUGCGACCGACUUGAAACGGCUUUCGCAGGAUGUCAUUGAGAAAUACUAGGUUAAAUUUUGAGGGCAACCGACUUGAAACGGUUUGAGCAGGAUGUCAUUAAGAAACACUAGGCUUAAUUUCGAGAUGCGACCGAUUUGAAACGGUUCGCGCAGGAUUCCAUCAAAAAAAAAACCCUAGGCUCAAUUUUAAGGGGCAACCGACUUGAAGCGGUUUGCGCAGAAUGUCAUUGAGAAACACUAGGCUCAUUUUCAAGAUGCGACCGACUUGAAACGGUUUGCGCAGGAGAUCAUUAAAAACCCAUAGGCUCAAUUUCGAGACGCUACCGACUUGAAACGGUUUGCGCAGGAGCUUAUAGAGCAAGACACCAAAUUUCAAGCCAGAAACGCGACCGCGACGCCUAAGCCAUUCCACGUGCGACCAUUGAAAUUCUUGAAGCCUAAUUUUUUUUUUUGCAGCAAAAAGUCUUGGACGUCUUCCGGGACACGAAAGACCAGCACUGGGAAUCAUAA